CCCUUCUUCUUCUUCUUCUCCUCCCAAUUCCCUGAACAAAUCCCAUCUCCCAAAAUCUCGACUUUCCCUCGCAAAAACCUUCCCCACCCCCAAAAAAAACCGAAAUGUUGAAGCUUCUCUCUUCUUCUUCCCGCAAUCUCCACGCCCACAUCGCUUCCCCAUGCCUCCGAGCAACCCCUGCUCCCAACUCCGCCGGAGCUUCUGGGUCGUCGUCGAGCCCUUUGCUCAGAGCAAUCAAUUCGAUCGCUGAAUUGAGCAGGGGAAGCUCCAGCAGGCAUCCCAAUUCCUUCAGGAGGGCUUUCUUCUGCUCGGAUUCUUCCUCCUCCGGCGGCAGCGACGGAACGGGCAGUGGGGAGCUGGUUGAGGUUGCACUUAAGGGGGACGACAGCGAUGGCGAUGCCGGAGAUUCCAGCAGUAGCUCCUCCGCUAUUGUUUCUACUAAUCCGAAGCUCGAGGACUAUCUAACGAUUGCCAUGUGCUAUGGAGAUGGUAAUGGCUUGCGAAGAGUUUUGGCACUUCCAUUGCCUCAUAGACCUUUGUUCCCUGGUUUCUAUAUGCCUAUUUAUGUAAAGGAUCCCAAACUAAUGGCUGCACUACAAGAAGCAAGGAAAAGACAAGCUCCGUAUGCUGGUGCUUUUCUCCUCAAAGACGAGCCAGGCUCUGAUCCCAGUGUGGUAUCUGGUUCAGAUUCAGAGAAGAGCACGGACAGUCUCAAAGGGAAAUAUCUCUAUGAUCGCCUGCAUGAAGUUGGAACCCUAGCUCAGAUUUCAACUAUCCAGGGAGACCAGGUUGUUCUUGUUGGUCACAGGCGACUUCGCAUCACAGAGAUGGUCAGUGAAGAACCACUUACUGUGAAGGUCGAUCAUAUCAAAGACAAACCUUAUAAUAAGGAUGAUGAUGUUAUUAAGGCAACAUCAUUUGAAGUGAUAUCAACCCUUAGAGAUGUUCUGAAAUCGAUUUCCCUCUGGAGAGAUCAUGUCCAGACUUACACUCAGCAUAUCGGUGACUUUACUUAUUCAAGGUUAGCUGAUUUUGGGGCUGCAAUCUCUGGUGCAAACAAGUUGCAGUGCCAGGAAGUUCUUGAGGAGUUAGAUGUGCAUAAUAGGCUGAGACUUACCCUUGAGUUGGUGAAGAAAGAAAUGGAGAUAACCAAACUUCAGGAAUCGAUUGCAAAGGCGGUUGAAGAAAAGAUUGGCGGUGAGCAGAAGCGUUACUUAUUGACUGAACAACUUAAGAUCAUAAAAAAGGAAUUGGGCCUAGAGACGGAUGACAAGACUGCUCUUUCUGAAAAAUUUAGGGAAAGGAUUGAAGGAAACAAAGAGCACAUACCGGCUUCUAUUUUGCAAGUGAUACAAGAAGAGCUCACGAAACUACAACUUCUAGAGGCGAGUUCGAGUGAAUUCAAUGUCACUCGCAAUUACUUGGAUUGGUUGACUGUAUUGCCUUGGGGAAAUUACAGUGAUGAGAACUUCGAUGUCCUCCGGGCACAACAUAUUCUGGAUGAGGACCAUUAUGGAUUAUCUGAUGUCAAGGAAAGGAUAUUGGAAUUUAUAGCUGUUGGGAAGCUACGAGGAACUGCACAAGGGAAAAUCAUUUGUCUCUCUGGCCCACCUGGGGUGGGUAAAACCAGCAUUGGCAAAUCAAUUGCACGGGCCUUAAACCGUAAAUUCUUCCGGUUUUCAGUUGGCGGUUUAUCUGAUGUUGCCGAGAUUAAGGGCCACCGCCGGACCUACAUUGGUGCAAUGCCAGGAAAGAUGGUGCAAUGCCUGAAGAAUGUCGGAACUGCUAACCCUCUUGUCCUGAUUGACGAGAUUGACAAGCUGGGCAGGGGCCAUUCAGGUGAUCCAGCAAGUGCUAUGUUGGAGCUUCUUGAUCCGGAACAAAAUGCCAAUUUUCUCGAUCACUAUUUGGAUGUUCCAAUUGACCUUUCAAAGGUUCUGUUUGUGUGCACUGCAAAUAUAGUCGAUACGAUACCAACUCCUCUUCUGGACAGAAUGGAGGUCAUCACUAUUGCUGGGUAUAUCACCGACGAAAAGAUGCAUAUUGCCAGAGAUUAUUUGGAGAAGUCUACUCGUGAUGCAUGUGGUAUCAAGCCUGGACAGGUUGACAUGACUGAUGCUGCUCUUCUUGCCCUUAUUGAGAGCUACUGCCGAGAAGCUGGGGUCAGGAAUCUUCAGAAGCAAAUUGAGAAGAUCUACCGAAAGAUCUCCUUGCAACUUGUACGAAAAGGAGUCCGAGGUGUUUCGGAAGCUCAGGUUCUUGAGAAUGGAAAAGCAAGUGAAGAAAAAGUUGACAAUGCUGAGAAGAUCUCUGCAGAAUCUGUUGAAGGAAAUGUUGAAGGACAAACUGAGGUGACAGUUGCUGAAGCAGAAGUUGUGCUGGCUGAGAGCUCGUCUGAUCAAGAUUCUAAUCCUACAGAUCAAUCUACAGAGUCAAAGGACUCGUUGGAAACUGCGGAACAGGAGGAAAGUGAAUCAACUUCAACAGUCGAGAAAGUCUUGGUUGACAAAUCGAAUUUGACGGAUUAUGUUGGAAAGCCUGUCUUCCACGCUGAGCGAAUGUACGACCAGACUCCAUCUGGUGUAGUCAUGGGUCUUGCCUGGACCGCAAUGGGAGGAUCCACAUUGUACAUAGAGACCACUCUCAUUGAGCAAGGAGAAGGCAAAGGAGCCCUCCAGCUCACUGGCCAACUGGGAGACGUCAUGAAAGAGAGUGCCCAGAUUGCUCACACAUAUGCGCGAGUAGCAUUGCGGAAGGAAGAACCAGACAACCGUUUCUUUGCAAACACGAAACUCCACCUCCACGUGCCAGCUGGUGCCACCCCGAAAGAUGGGCCCAGCGCCGGGUGCACCAUGAUCACGUCCAUGCUCUCUCUGGCAAUGAAGAAGCCUGUGCGAAAAGAUCUCGCCAUGACUGGAGAGGUCACACUGACUGGGAAAGUCCUUCCUAUUGGUGGAGUGAAGGAGAAGACUAUUGCGGCUAGAAGGAGUGGCGUGAAGACAAUCAUAUUCCCGGAAGCUAACAGGAGGGACUUCGACGAACUUUCGCCUCAGGUUAAGGAAGGGCUUGAUGUCCACUUUGUGGAUAAUUACAGCCAGGUAUACGAAUUGGCCUUUGACAAUGAUCAGAACUAGUAGAUAAGAUAAGGCACAGAUUCUUUAUGUCUUCUGUGUCUUCUCAUAUACACAUUCUUGCACAAGCUUUUAAUAAGCCAAAAGAAGAAAAAACAUCCCAGUUUUGCGCCAUUAGAUAGAUCAUUGACAACUGACAGUCUGCUGAAUUGUAUGCUGCUGAAAAACCAGCCAUUCCCCAAACCCAGAAACAUUUCUUGCUAUUGGUGGGAGAGAGAGAGAGAGAGAGAGAGAGAGAGAGAGAGAGAGCAAAAUAAGGGAAGUGGAUUCCAAGUGUCGAGAAAGGAAAAGAUAGAUGGCUUUCUUUUUGUGAUGGAACAAGUUGGAGAGAAUUUCAAUUGGUUUGCUUUCGUUUUCUGUUCAUUGCUGGCUACCAUGCGUGGAAAUAAAGAGGCACCAAAUCCAGUUGAAAGUUACAGGGGGGAGACACCCUCCAAGAUUCUUAUAUCCAUCAUACUACAGGGGAAACUUUCUGGUCAUCAUUCGACAAUUAUACAGUGGGUUGGUGGACUGGCAGCUCUCUACUAGUUAGUCAUACCAUUGAAGUGAGCCUUUCACAUUUCUCUUUGAUUUGCUAAUAGUUGAAGUAACCUUUGACUUGUAACAGUGACUGCAACACAAGGAUUAAGAUGUGGAUACACAACUCAGAACACAAAAAGAUAGAUAAUGGAUGAGGAUUAGAAAUGUAAAGUUGUGUUCUUCAGUCCAUCAAUCAUAGUUGCAUGUAUAAUAUCAAUGACACAGAAUAUCUAAGUGUAUAUGUUAGAACGAAAGAGAAUGUAAGUAA